CAGCUACGUCCAUCUGUGCGUCUGGCUCUGACAUCAUCGGCUAUGAAGUUACAGAUAUGGCAAUGCCACUCUUGGAGACACUUUAGUCUUCUUGAGACGGGCGGACUAAAGGCACCACCACCAUCAUGUCGCUCACCUGGUCGGCAAAAGACCACAAAAACGCAAAUCAGCCCGCGGCGACCGGACAGAAGCGAUCGCGCAACGACGCGGGGAACAAAGUGACGGUGGUGCUCGGUGCGCAGUGGGGAGACGAAGGAAAAGGCAAAGUGGUGGAUUUACUGGCAACAGAAGCUGACUUUGUGUGCAGGUGCCAGGGAGGCAACAACGCAGGACACACAGUGGUAGUGGACGGAAAGGAGUAUGACUUCCACCUUCUCCCCAGUGGAAUCAUUAAUCCCAAAAGCGUGUCACUCAUCGGUAAUGGCGUGGUCAUACAUCUACCUGGUUUGUUCGAAGAAGGGGAUAAAAAUGAGAAAAAAGGUCUGAAAGGUUGGGAGAAGAGACUAAUUGUCUCAGACAGAGCUCACCUCGUGUUUGAUUUCCACCAGGUUGUUGACGGCUUACAGGAAACUGAAAGACAAGCACAAGAGGGAAAGAACAUUGGAACAACUAAGAAGGGAAUUGGACCUGCAUACUCCAGCAAAGCAUCUCGCACUGGCCUCCGUGUAUGUGACCUGCUGGGUGACUUUAAGGACUUCUCUACUCGAUUCAAGAACCUCGUCCGUCAGUAUCAGUCCAUGUAUCCAUCCUUGACAGUUGACGUUGAGGACCAACUGAAAAAACUAAAGGAAUACUCUGAGAGAUUGCGCCCAAUGGUCAGAGACGGGGUCUAUUAUAUGUACGAAGCUCUUCACGGACCUCCAAAGAAAAUUUUGGUUGAAGGGGCCAAUGCUGCUCUGCUUGAUAUUGAUUUUGGCACAUAUCCUUUCGUUACGUCAUCAAACUGCACCGUCGGAGGGGCUUGCACUGGUCUCGGGAUCCCUCCUCUGAAUAUUGGUGACGUGUUUGGCGUAGCGAAGGCCUACACCACCAGAGUGGGAAUCGGAGCUUUCCCCACAGAACAACUCAAUGCAGUAGGGGAGCUGCUGCAGACGAGGGGUCAUGAGGUUGGUGUAACCACAGGGAGGAAGCGUCGUUGUGGCUGGUUGGAUCUUGUUAUUGUCAGAUAUGCUCACAUGAUUAAUGGCUUCACCGCCAUUGCUCUGACAAAACUUGACAUUCUGGAUGUGCUGGAUGAAAUUAAAGUUGGAGUUGCCUAUAAACUCAAUGGAAAACGAAUUCCCCAUUUCCCAGCCAACAUGGACGUUUUGCAAAAAGUGGAGGUUGAGUAUGAGACCUUCCCUGGUUGGAAGACAGACACAUCUGCAGCCAGGAAGUGGAACGACCUCCCAGCCAAGGCACAAAACUACAUUCGCUUCAUUGAGAACCACAUUGGAGUUCCCAUCAAGUGGGUCGGUGUUGGAAAGUCCAGAGAGUGCAUGAUCCAGAUGUUCUAAACCUUUUUUCACCCCCUAAAUGGAAGCACAGACAUGAUGUGGCAUCUUUUCAUCACCUAAAAUGAUCUUCUCCACGUUACAUAAUAAACAUCUAUAUAACCUGAA